AUGGUACAGUGUUACGUCGGUCAGCUGGUUCUAGUCUACAGUAAAACAGAAGAAUAUCAUUCAUUUGAGGAAGAUAAAUAUGGUCUUUACUCCAAUUUGUUGUUCAAGUAUUUUCUGGCAGAGGGAGUUGUCUGUGGACAUGACUUGUUUGUUGCUUCUGCUAAAGAGCAUCCUGACAACAUCUUAAAGGACCUUCCAGCCCCUUUGCUUGAUGAUACCUACAGAAAUGAAUUGGGAGAAGAAGCAACAGCUGUUAAGUCUGAAGAUUUUCAGGAUUCUAUGAAAAUAGCCUGGCGCUACCAAAAUUUACCAAAAAUGGAGGCCAGCCCAACAACAUCUACGAAGUUUGGCCAUUAUUACGAUGUUUCUAAAACAAUGUCUCCAGAACUGUUUCAGUCCAUAAAAUGGCAUAGUUUUUACCUUCCCAAAGAAUUGUCUUUACAGCCUAAAAUGAAAACAUGUCAUAUGAACAGUGCUUACGCAAAGGUGCUUCAGUCCAUUCAGAGGAUCAUUUACCAGGAAGGGUUUGAUGGCUCUGAUCCCCAGAAAAACCAAAAGAAUAUUUUGCGGAUAGGAAUUCAGAGUCUGGGUUCCAUGUUGUGGGGUGAUGACAUUUGUAGCAGUGAUACUCCUGAAGAUAUUCAUAGCCUUACAAAAUUUCUGUACGUUCUCCGUGGCCUUCUCAGAAAAUCUUUGUCGGCCUGCAUCAUCACAGUGCCUGCUCACCUUAUUCAGAAUAAAGCAAUUAUGGAACGUGUAACAAACUUGUCAGAUACGGUAGUUGGUCUUGAAUCAUUUAUUGGCUCUGAGAGAGAAACCAAUCCAUUAUACAAGGAUUACCACGGUUUGGUUCAUGUACAUCAGAUUCCUCGGCUUAAUAGCUUGAUCUGUGAUGUGUCAGACACGAAGGACCUUGCUUUUAGAUUAAAAAGGAAGCUGUUCACCAUUGAGCGACUGCAUUUGCCUCCAGACUUGUCAGACACAGUGAGCCGCGCAAGCAAACAGGAUCUGGCAGAAUCCGCCAAACUGCUGAGCUCAGGAUGUGGUGCUAUGGCCAUCGGCAAGAAGCACCUGGACUUCUAG